CCGUGUGCGUGACUCCGUCGCGCGGAGCCGCCGCCGGUGUGUGUUCGUUAUGGGAGCCAGAUAACCAGGAAGAGGGCGAUGACUAAAGCGCUUCAAGUGAAACCACAAAGCGAAACGAGAGGCACUCUGCGCCUUUUGGCCGUGUGUGUUAGUUUGCUAGCCCCAAACGGCAUUCAGAAAUGAUAUUUGUCAAGUUGCUGCUGGCGUGUUGCUGCCUACGGGACGUUGGAGGGCAGUUUGGAAACCCGCUGAACAAAUAUAUUCGGCAUUAUGAAGGUUUGUCGUACGACACAGAAGCUCUGCACAGCAGCCACCAGAGAGCCAAGAGAGCGCUCCAUCCUCAUGACCAGACGGUGCAUUUGGACUUCCACGCUCACGGAAGACAUUUUAACUUACGGCUGAAGAGGGAGACGCAGCUCUUUUCUCCGGAUCUCGUCGUUGAGGUAUCGGGGAAUGAGGAACCGGUUGACACCUCACAUAUUUACAGUGGAGAAAUCUUCGGUGAAAAGGGCAGUCUGACUCACGGCUCUGUGGUUGAUGGGCGCUUUGAUGGCUUCAUUAAAACUCACCAAGGAACGUUUUAUGUUGAACCCUCAGAGAGAUAUCUGAACGACAGCAAAGUGCCGUUUCACUCCGUCAUCUAUCAUGAAGAUGACAUUGAUUAUCCUCAUAAAUUCGGCUCAGAGGGAGGCUGUGCUGACCACUCCGUGUUUGAAAGAAUGAAGAAGUACCAGGCAUCUGCAACUCAGGAGCCAGACGAUGGGGUAAGCAGGCUGAGCGCAGAUGACGAUUCUUAUGGUCCAGUAAUUCUGAGGAAAAAGCGAGCAGCAGCAAAGGAUAAAAACACCUGCCAGCUCUAUAUCCAGACUGACCACACCUUCUUCAAAUACUACGGUUCAAGGGACGCUGUCAUUGGCCAGAUCACCAGCCAUGUGAAGGCUGUUGACACCAUUUACAAGGCCACAGACUUCGUGGGCCUACGAAACAUCGGCUUCAUGGUUAAAAGGAUCAAGAUCAAUGUCACAGAUGAUGCGAAGAACCCCACAAAUCCUUUUCGCUUCCCCAACAUUGGUGUGGAAAGAUUUCUGGAUCUCAACUCUGAACAGAACCACGAUGAAUACUGCCUGGCCUACAUCUUCACAGACAGGGACUUUGAUGACGGUGUGCUCGGCUUGGCUUGGGUCGGGUCUCCCUCAGGAAGCUCCGGCGGCAUCUGUGAAAAAAAUAGGCUGUACUCUGACGGGAGGAGAAAGUCUCUCAACACCGGUAUCGUCACUGUGCAGAACUAUGGAUCACACGUCCCUCCAAAAGUGUCGCACAUCACCUUCGCACAUGAGAUUGGACACAACUUUGGCUCACCUCAUGACUCUGGGUUGGAGUGCACCCCCGGAGAGUCUAAUCAAAAGAUUAAUAAGGAGCAGGGCAACUACAUUAUGUACGCCAGAGCCACAUCGGGGGACAAAAUCAACAAUAACAGGUUCUCCAGCUGCAGCAUUCGCAAUAUAAGCGCUGUUUUGACGAAGAAGAAAGACACAUGCUUUGUUGAGUCCGGUCAGCCUAUCUGCGGCAAUAGAAUCGUAGAAGACGGAGAGCAGUGCGACUGUGGCUACCGCGACGAGUGUAAAGAUCCCUGCUGCUAUAAUGCCAAUGAAGAGGAGGGCAAAAGGUGCAAACUUCAAACUGGAAAAAUCUGCAGCCCCAGCCAAGGCCCGUGUUGCACAGCCACGUGUCAGUUCAGGGGCUCCGAGGAUAAGUGCAGACCAGAAUCUGAUUGCGCUUUUGAAGGCUCUUGCAAUGGAAUGACUGCAAUCUGUCCAACCUCGGCACCGAAGCCCAACCUCACCUCUUGCCAUGGAGACUCACAAGUUUGCAUCAGUGGGGUCUGCUCUGGUUCUAUCUGUAAGAAGUACGGUCUGGAGGUGUGCACCUGUGCCAUCCCAGAAGGCAAGGACGAAGCAGCAGAGCUUUGCCACGUUUGCUGCAUGGAAAAAAAUGACCCCAGCACCUGCAGCAGCACAGGCUCAGACAGAUGGGCUAAACAUUUCAACCAUACAGUGAAAACGCUGCAGCCCGGCUCUCCCUGCAACGACUUUAAGGGAUACUGUGACGUCUUCAGCAGGUGUCGACUGGUGGAUGCAGACGGACCUUUGGCAAGGCUGAAGAAAGCCAUUUUCAACCCAGAGCUGUACGAGAAUAUCGGAGAAUGGAUUGUGGCUCACUGGUGGGCUGUGCUGUUGAUGGGUGUUGCUCUUAUUUUGCUGAUGGCGGGCUUCAUCAAGGUCUGCAGUGUGCACACCCCCACCAGCAACCCCAGACUUCCUGAACACAUGAAACUCCAAGAUACACUGAGAAGACGCAAACGUCCGGCUCGCAACCCUCAGCAAUACCAGAUGGCACCGAUGCAUUGAGACGGCGCUCUGCUCUCUGCUGCUGUUCUUAGUGCCUACAACAGAACCACUUUACUCCAAAGAGUUACCUUUACCACGUAAUGCAGAUUUUAAAGAACUAUGAACUAAAUAUGUUUUAUUGAGUGGGGGGCUACAGUCUUUCCCCACCUCUGCUCUGAGAGCCACAUUAUUAAUGGUUCACAAGGCUUUUAUAAGAAACUAAUCUUUCAUGGAGGAACCUGAGGAAGUUUGUAUUUUUUUCCCCCAUUUGGUCUUAGUAAUCUUGCUUUGUUUUUCUUUGAAAUAUUUUUCUUAAUUUUUUUAUGACUGUGGAUGAGAGAAAUGGGGUUUUGUUUGUGUGGCCUUACUAUUAUUAUUAUUAUUUUUCUCCAGUCAGCAUCUCCUCUCUGAAAGAUGUUGGGUCAUCAGUAUGAUGGCAGCUAAAAUGUCGUUACAAGAGUUUUAGCUGCAAGUUUAAACGAUCCAAUUGACAUCGCUGGAGGAUUUAUUAUUCUCAAACCAAAUACUUUAGAUUUUAAUAGCAAACAUCCUAAUUGUGUGAUGUGGAGUCCCCCCCCCCCUCUUAUUUCUGAUAAAAAAUUACAUUUCUAAAAGGGUCAAGGUUGUCUACAGUUCUAAUUCACUUUCUCAGGAUCACUAAAUCAACAAUGCUGAUGUGUAAAGAUGACGGCAGGCAUUUUUCACUGGAAAGCCUGUAUACAUGGGUUUCAUGUCCAAAACAGGAAGACCAUAGAUUAAAGUCCGCUCUAAUCCCAGAGGGCUGUUUAGAUUUUGGAGACUUUGAGGUGGUUUUGCACUUGUUUUGUACACAUGACUGAAUUACUUAGAGAAACCCCUUUUUUCCUUACUGGGUUAUUCCACACUUUUACGCCAUCGUAGCUGGAAUAUGCUCUAGUAAGUUAGUAAGCUGUUAAAGAAACCAGGCCAAAAUAAAACCAGUGGGUCCAGCCGUCAGCCUCUGCAGCCUUUUUGGUGGGAAUGUAAAUGUUUUUCUUUGAGUGAAAUUUAUUGCAGUUCAGAUAACUUUGUGUGUUUGGAGGAACUGUGUCUUAUUGGGGGAGUAAGUCUAGAUGCUAAUUCUUAAUUGUGUUACUACUGCUGUAGGUUGGGCUUGAUAUAAGAGUGAAAGAUCAGAAUAUCUUCUACUAAUGUCUUUUUUUUUUUUUUUGCUUUGCUCUUUGGGUUUUUCCCUCUAAGUUGAUUUAUUGUGUGUUCUGCGCUGUCUUGGUAUGCAAAAGUGCUUUAAAAUGUGCCUUCAUUAUGCAGCAUGACCAAAGUUGGGAGGAAAAUGGUGCAUGACUGCUAAACGUGGACUACUGAAAGUAAGACAUUUGGACGUCUUGGGGUUUAUGCCUGUGUACCAGGAGUGUGAUACACAUUUACUGUAUUUUCCAAAUCUUGAACAGCUCUUUGCAAAAAAAAACAAACAGAUUUUCUGGUUCGGAUGACGAUUUAAAUCCCAGCCCAAGCUUCAGUGGUCGUCGUUCAGGGUAAACUUAACAUUACAUAAGCGAGGCCACUGCAAGGUUGUGUUUUUGAUAAGAUAUGCAAAUGUGUAUUUUUAAGCUCUUGAUGCGAGGUGUGAUUUAGGAGUUAGGAUCAUUGCCAUACGGAGCAGAGCUACGACCCAAAGUUGUUUUUUUUGUAUGCAAAGUGCCAGGUCUCCACUGAUCUGCCUAUCCAGAGCAUCACUGAGCUCUUCAGUGGAAAGAUGGCCUCAUCACAGUGAAAUGCCUUCUUUCUAUUCAUCCAAACACGAACACGGGAAAUGUUUUCAUACAGACGUUGCUGAAGAAAAGCAAACUAUUUAGCUUUUUACUGCUUAAUUUUUGGUGUUGAUGGUGUUAUUAUUUAUUUAUUUUUUUGUUUUCGCAUUUUUAUGGGUGAUUUUUAUUUUUAUUUUCCCCACCCCUCCUUUUUUUUCCAUUUUGAAGCAGUAUGAAAUAUGAGAUCCUCAGUAAGUUGAUACUUUGGGAAAUGUUGUUUAUUCCUUGUGAUGUUAAAAUGUGCACUGACAUAAAAGAAUCCAAAUCCAACAAGGUAAAGAUUCCCAACCACUGUCUGAUUUUAAUGCCUCCUGUCUUUUUAUAUCAUGUUUCUGUGUCCUCAUUUUGUUCUUUAACCCAUUCAGCUUAUUUUAAACAUUUUACAACCUUGCAGCAAAUGUGCAAAGACCUUUGUCUGUAAUACAAAAGUGUGAGUAUAUGGUCGUAAAUUAGAUAAGUAUUCAAGGUGUCACAACCAGUAUGACCAUAAGAACAGUGUACCAGUUUUCCUGCAUGGUGGUAGCGGCAUCAUGCUGAGGGUCUGUUUCAAAAAGUGGACUGAACCAGAUAAGAGGAGAACCUACAUCCUUAAACUUCACAUUAUAUUUACGACUAUAGUACUUGAUUAAAACGUGGGCUCAACUGGUUAUUCUUACAGAAAAGAGACGCCAAACGUUUUAAAACCGGAGGAUGGAUGAAAGGAAGCGUGGUCAAAUAUCUAUGCAGAAUUAUAGCCCAUCAGGACCAUGCUGAUGGCUACACAAAAUGUCAUUGGAGGUGUAUGUAUAUUUUUCACUGUAAAUUAAAGAAAAUUGACUGAU